AUGUGUGCAAAAGACCGCUUGCGAGUUCUUCCUUCACAAUGCACACCGAGUUUUAAAUACAGGUAAAAAUUGCUUUAAUACGUCAAUUAAUGUCGCACAACUAUUUGCAAAUUUACGCAUACAUUCAUAACAUAUGCACAUGGUAUUUUUGACAAUUUUAGAUUUAGCAACGAGUGCGACUUACAAGGGUACGAAAUAUAAGAUUAGUAAUUAAUGUGCGCAUUACGGCGCGCCAUCUUUUCCUGCCAACCCCCAGCAUGCACUUGCUUGCCAGGCAAAUGACGAAUAAUGCCUCUUCCGCAGGCCUUCGCUGCAUCGUGGGAAGGUCAACGGACAAUCUCUACAGAGCGGCGAAAUCUUGCAUGUAAAAAAUUGGUUAUGGCAACCCUAUCAGCGAUGGAAAAUCGAUGUAUUUUUAAAAGCAAAAUAGCUUUUUAUUAGUCAAACUUGAGCUUUAGCCCUUCUUACCCAAACAUUCACAUAAGUUUAGUUCCCAAUAAACCAUUUGCGUUCAAAACAGCUUUAAAGUUGGUUUAAUAAAUUCAUGUGGACAACUGACAGACGGGCGUUAUUUCAUGAAAAUAUUGGACGCGUAACAAUUUUCCUUCGAGAAAUUGCUACCAUCCAAGACGCACGAGGACCUGCGGCGAAAAAGGCAGAAUCGUGUUCUCCUAGUUGCACUUCAACAAAAAGCUCACCAAUCACAUAUUAGCGAGGUUCAGAUUUGAGUUCCACUACCAUUAACUAUUGUGCUACACUGUACCAAAACCAAGACAUGACCCUAGACUAGAUUUCUAGGCCAGACUAUGCCAUAGUUUUUGUUCUUGACAUAUUCAUAGGGCUAAGGUGAUUGAAUGAGCUAUAUAAUAUACACCAGAAUCUCCAAUUUACGAUACGGUACCAUGCCGAUUUUGAAUAUUUAGACUGGAAGAUGCUUUAACCAACUGUAAGAAACUUCAGCAUACAUUGAAGGUGAAAGAUAAAACGAUUGUCAGUCUGGAGACCAGGUAAAAUCAACUGUUCUCUAUGGCAUGUAUAUAACAACAACAACUUUAUUUGUAUCCAAACAUAGACAUUAACUAUAUUUACAAAUUGUUUGAAGUAAAAAAAUUAGGAUACUGGCUUCCUGAAACAACCAUAGCCUACUACAAAAUUAAUGCAUUCUACACAGUGCCUAAUAAUUCUAACAUAUUUAUUUCAGACUAGAAGCAGCACAUGUGUUUGAGCUUGAAUGCAACAAGAUUACUAAAUCCCUUGAUGAAAAGAAAAUUCGAAUUACCCAGUUGAAAUCGAGGUAAGAACCAAACUGGGCAUACGAUGCCAGAACUUUAUUUAAGUUAUCUCUCAUUUCAGUCCAAACAAAGCCAACUAUUUCGCUCGGGAGCAGAUAUUAGUAAUAUAGACCAGUAUUAAUCACCAGUUCUUGUACCAAAAAUAUCAAUUGUAACUUUUAGCUUAGAUGAAGUAUCUGGAGAAAGUCAUAUAUGAACUGUCAUGUGACUUGCAGUUGAAGAAAACCAAAGUAAAAGCUCUUGAAGAAAGGUAAGAUACCGAACGUUCAUAUUAAGGCCCGGUCAUAGGUGGCGGACCCAAGGGGGGAGUGACUAAAGAACAUUCCCCUGGAUUUACCUGCAGUUCGUUUAGCGCUUCCAGCUUGAACCAAUCUUCCGUCGCUUAUGACCACGGUCACACGAGGAAGAGAGUUGCAAUUUUCGCGACUCUCAUGAACUCUCAUCGGUUAUUAUCAACUUUGAGCUGGUUCAACUUUUGAUGAGAGUUGAUGAUUGCUCGUCUGACCGGUACGUGCGUUAAUAUCCAGUCAACUCUCAUACAAUUCAUGUUCUCGUUUGAUCAACGCAUGGAAGUCGAGAAAACUUAUACCCAUGAUAUUUGUAAUGGCUUUUAUGUAGGGUUCGUAUUUUUGAAGGUGAGAAACACGAGAACGAGGCAAUACUUCGUACGUUGAAGGAAAAAGAGGACAAUGCUGUCUUUCUUGGUGAAAACUUGAAGAGUUGUAUGGACGAACUGGCUGUGCUGGAAAAUAGGUUCAUAUUGGAGAAUAAUCUUACGCGUUUUGUGAAAAUAUUUGAAAUGGGUGUAUAG